AUGGAAGUAAAACAAGAAAUUUGCGAGGAAACGUGUAAAAUAAAAACAGAGUAUAAUGACUUGGAUGAUGCACUUUUGGAUGGGUUUAAACGUGAAAUUCAGGAAGAAUCCAAUAGGCAAAGUACUCAUGAUACAUAUAAUUCUUUAGAAUUAAAGAAAUAUACCAUAACUACUGAAAUAGAACAACAUGAAAAUAAGCUUAAACCAUUUGAAGACGACAAAAAAUCUGAAAAAGGUUAG